GAAAAGUGAUCUAAUAAUUUACUGUUUACUGUAUAGAAAUCAUCUCAGAGUGUGGCUACAAGUGCAGCGAAAUGACAAAAAAGGUGCUACCGCGGUGCUUACGGAACACUGCAGAUCGCCAAGCAACUACCUACGACAGGUUAAAUGAGACGCCAAUGAAACAGAAUACAGUGUGUACGCCGCAAGCAUGUUUGGCAAGCACUUUGAACAACAGCGGGAAAAUAGCUAGCGAGCUCCGCAGUUUAGAUGACCUGUUAUUACAAGCUCAAGAUUUUCUGGACCAAUAUUUCACGUCAAUAAGAAGAGCGAACACGCCGGCUCAUACUUCGCGAUUUGAUCAAGUACAAAAAGAAAUCGAGGCAACCGGAACGUAUCAGCUUACCGAAACUGAGCUUAUUUACGGCGCGAAGCUUGCAUGGAGAAACUCGGUUAGGUGCAUUGGACGUAUUCAAUGGGCCAAAUUGCAGGUAUUUGACUGUCGAUAUGUGACAACGACGAGUGGUAUGUUCGAGGCACUAUGCAAUCAUAUCAAAUAUGCAACGAAUAAAGGGAACAUUAGGUCUGCUAUUACCGUCUUUCCUCAACGUACGGAUGGAAAGCACGAUUACAGAAUAUGGAACCCCCAACUAAUUAGCUACGCCGGUUACAAAAAACCUGACGGAACUAUCAUCGGUGACCCACAGAACGUCGAGUUCACUGACGUCUGCAUAAAAUUGGGAUGGAGAGGACACGGCACCAUGUUCGAUAUUCUCCCGCUGGUGUUGUCUGCCAACGGUCACGAUCCCGAUUAUUUCGAUAUACCGAGCGAGCUUAUAUUGGAAGUACCAUUAAAGCAUCCCUCAUUUGAGUGGUUCGAAAAGCUGGGAUUGAAAUGGUACUCGCUUCCAGCGGUAUCGAACAUGAUGUUCGACUGUGGUGGUCUACAAUUCACUGGUGCCGGAUUUAACGGGUGGUACAUGAGUACCGAAAUUGGGUGUCGAAAUCUCUGUGAUACAUACCGUUUUAAUAUGUUAGAGACUGUAGCAUUAGCGAUGGGCUUAGAAACUCACACUAGCGUCACACUGUGGAAAGAUAAGGCGAUGGUCGAGUGCAAUCUAGCCGUUUUGUACAGUUUUCAAUUAAAGGGAGUGACCAUUGUUGACCAUCACACGGCAUCGGAGUCGUUCAUGAAGCAUCUUGAAAAUGAAACACGACUACGUAACGGUUGUCCUUCGGAUUGGGUUUGGAUAGUACCGCCGAUGUCGGGUUCUGCUACUCCGGUGUUUCAUCAAGAGAUGGCUUUGUACCAUCUGAAACCAUCCUAUGAAUAUCAGGAACCCGCAUGGAAAACUCACAUUUGGAAGAAGGAUAGGGAACCAAACAAAACCACGAAAACAAGAAGAAGGUUCCACUUCAAGCAAAUCGCAAGAGCUGUGAAAUUCACCUCAAAGCUGUUUGGGCGAGCUCUAUCCCGUCGUAUAAAGGCGACUGUCUUGUAUGCAACGGAAACUGGGAAAUCUGAGAGUUACGCGAAGAAGUUAUGCGAACUCCUCGGUCACGCUUUUAAUGCUCAAGUUUACUGUAUGGCCGAUUAUGAUAUCUCCAGUAUUGAACAUGAAGCAUUACUUUUGGUUGUUACUUCCACGUUCGGCAAUGGCGACCCUCCAGAAAACGGCGAGGAAUUUGCAAGAACUCUGUACGAUAUGAAGAUGCACGAAAAUAAUAUCUCUCAUAGCGGAGAAAAUAAAUUAGGUUUGGCGUCAUCAAAGUCUUUCAUUAAAAUGAACAGUCAGAGUGACAAUAUAAAGAAGUUACGGAGGUAUGAUUCAUUGCGGGGAAGUUCAAUUACUGAUGUACUAGUUGAAGACAACUUUGGUCCGCUUAGUAAUGUUAGAUUUGCCGUGUUCGCGCUUGGCUCUAGUGCAUAUCCAAAGUUUGCCGCUUUUGGGCAAUACGUGGAUAAUCUUUUAGGCGAAUUGGGUGGAGAAAGACUAAUGAAAAUGAUGGCGGGUGAUGAAAUGUGCGGACAAGAUCAGGCCUUCAAAAAGUGGGCGCCUCACGUAUUUAAGCUGGCAUGCGACACGUUUUGUCUGGACGAUGACGAAUCUAUCCUAGAAGCUGCGUUAGCUUUGGAAACGGAAACGUUAUCUAAUGCCACAGUACGAUUUGUGGAAGCAAAAGAACAAUCCACCGAAGUGUCUCUAUCAAAGUGUUACAACAAAACGGUAUCUGCAGGCGUGUUGGUCAACCGUACCAAUCUACACGCAGAAAUAUCGACACGAGCCACACUUCUGUUAGAAAUAGAAUCCUCUCUAACUUACCACCCGGGUGAUCACGUGGGAAUCUAUCCAACUAAUCGAGGAGAUUUAGUAGACAAAAUUAUUGAAAGGCUCAUUGGAGUUGACGAUCCCGAUAAAGUGAUCCAGCUGCAGACUUUGAAGGAAUCUCACACUUCAAACGGGGUUGUAAAAACGUGGGUGCCACACGAACGGCUACCAAAUUGUUCUGUGCGGCAAUUAUUCUCAAGAUUCUUAGAUAUAACUACGCCGCCUUCCCCUAAUUUAUUACAACAUUUUGCUUCAAUUGCCACAUCGGAGGACGACCAAGCGAAACUGACCGUAUUGGCAACGAAUCCUGCUGCUUACGAAGACUGGCGGCAUUGGCGUUUUCCGCAUUUAUUAGAAGUUUUAGAGGAGUUUCCGUCGGUGAGACCUUACGCGCCCUUAUUGGUUACCCAGCUUCCUAUUUUACAACCUCGCUUUUACUCGAUAUCCUCCAGUCCAGCCGUCUAUAAUAAUCAAAUUCACGUGACGGUUGCUGUUGUAACUUACCGAACUGAAGAUGGCAAGGGUCCUGUUCACUACGGCGUGUGUUCUAAUUAUCUUCAAGAUACAUCGAUCUCCGGUAAGGUGUACAUCUUUGUGAGAAGUGCUCCGAAUUUCUAUCUUCCAAAAGACAUAUCAAUACCGGUAAUACUAGUUGGACCUGGAACGGGCAUAGCGCCCUUCAAAGGAUUUUGGCAGCAAAGGCUGUCUGAUAUAGAAAAAACAAAAAAGCAUGCUGGCAAAAUGUGGUUAUUCUUUGGAUGUCGUCAGAGGGGGUUAGAUUUAUACCGCGAAGAAAAGGCGGAUAUGGUAAAGUGCGGUGUACUUGACAGAGUAUUUUUGGCGUUAUCUCGCGAGCCCAACGUUAAGAAGACUUAUGUUCAAGAUUUAGCCUUGGAGGUGGCCGAUGAGAUAUAUCAAAUAAUGGUAAUUGAAAAAGGUCACUUCUAUGUCUGUGGGGAUUGUACAAUGGCCGAACACGUCUAUCAAACUUUAAAGACGAUUAUACAGCAGUAUGGAGGAAAAACCGACAGCCAGGCUGAAGCUUAUAUGCUUACUCUUAGGGACGAAAAUCGGUAUCACGAAGAUAUCUUUGGAAUUACUCUGCGAACAGCUGAGGUCCAAAACAAAUCCAGAGAAUCCGCACGAAUUCGUAUGGCAUCGGAACCUUAGCGUUUACCAUUUGUCAGAAGAUGUAAAUCAUUCGAUAAUCAUAAGUGAUAAUAUAUUAAAUUGUUUAGGAGUAUUACCAAAAUUGUGCGAAAUCUGUGAGAAAUACUUUACUCGCCUUAAGCAAAAAUUUUGCAAAUUUAAUGUUUUCUUAAUAAUAAGUCAUUAUGCACAAACAUAUGUGAACAUUUAAGCACUCCAGCAUAAUGGAAGUUACAUUUUAAUUCUAUUCAUAGUCUAUAAAUUUGAUCCAAUUAGA